CCCAAUUUGAAAACUCUAGUAUUUAGUGUUUUGCGUUAACACUGGAGCCUACCAUGGAUUACCAUAGACACAUGGAGCCUCAUCAGCAAAGCCAGCCGAGUCAGUGGAACUACGGCUGGGGCCCGCCGGCGCCAGCUCCCGCACCGCCUGCGCCGGCGCAGCGGAACAAACGAACGCACUCUGAAAGUGAAGACGAUGCCUUCUCGGAGGGAAGCAGCAAAGAUGCGACAUCUCCAGGCGGUGACUCCUGCCAGUUAAUGACGAGAAAGCGAAGACGGGGCGUCAUCGAGAAAAAACGUCGAGAUAGGAUAAAUACCUCACUCACAGAACUGAAGAGACUGGUGCCUGCUGCUUGCGAGAAACAGGGUUCUGCGAAGCUGGAGAAGGCGGAGAUACUGCAGCUCACGGUGGACCACUUGAAGAUGUUGCAUGCUAAAGGUCUCGACACGUUGGCGUACGACCCACAAAGGUACGCCAUGGACUACCACAGCAUAGGCUUCCGGGAAUGCGCCGCCGAGGUCGCGCGAUACCUCGUCAGCUGCGAAGGGCUCGACAUCCAAGACCCUCUG